AUGCGUUUGACAAGCAUUGUUAGCGGGCUAUCCGCUAUCGGCGGUGUCGUCGCUGCUACUACUCUCGAAUCAGACAAUUUCAAUGUGACGAGCGCAUUAGAGAAUUUGGGUGUGGAUGUGACCAAGAUCCCGGCCCUGGCAUCGCUUCCUGAUAUUCAGGCACGGUCGACAGAGAAUGCUUGUUCUAUAGCGUGUUCAAGCUUGAACUUUCUCUUUGGUUCAAAAGUCUCAAGUCAAAAUAGCGCUGGAUACCAUAACUUCACUGGAUCAUUUUGGUCAGUCCAGCAAGAAGAGGUCCAGCCCCAUUGUGUUUUCCGACCUUCAGUGAACACCGAGGUCAGCACUGCCGUUCUGCUCUCUCGUCUCACUGGUUGCCAGUUUGCGGCUAGAAGCGGUGGACAUGCUGCUUUCACCGGGGCUUCGAGCAGCCCGGGUGGUAUCAGUAUUUGGUUCAAGGACAUGAACGAAGUUACCCUGAAUGAGGAUAAAUCAGUUGUAUCUGUUGGACCCGGCAACAAUUGGCUUGCCGUCUACUCCGCCUUGGAGCCAUACGGUCUGGGUGCAGUUGGUGGCCGUGCUUCUAGUAUUGGAGUUGGCGGCUUUGUUCUUGGUGGUGGAAUCUCCUAUCAUUCCAACCUGUUCGGGUGGGCUUGCGACAAUGUCCAAAGUUUCGAGGUUGUUACCGCCAGUGGCUUGAUUCUCACUGUCAGUGAAAACACCUUCCCUGAUCUAUACUGGGCCCUGCGAGGCGGUGGCAACAACUUCGGCCUUGUCACCAAAUACAACCUCUUCACCAUCCCCGCUCCUCAAAUGUACGGAGGAGCAAGGACCUUCUUGGAGAGUGAAUUCCCGGAUGUUAUCAAUGCCUGGAAGAACGUGGUUAACAAUGCCACCGUGGAUGGUCAUGCCCAGCAAUACGUUGCAUUCCUACAAAACAGUGGAAUGAACCUCGCCUCUGCUGAAUUGACUUACACAAAGAACGACUCCAAUCCCGAGAUCUAUAAACAAUACCGAAACAUCUCGGCAAUCUCCGACACUUCAAGCUCGAAGUCGCUUGUCGAGUACGUGAAGUACCUGGAGACCGAAAAUCCAUUCGGACUCCGUGAAGUAUAUUGGCCAAUUUCCGUGGAGUUGAAUGAGGAGUUCGCCAAUUGGGUCGUGAAAACUUUCUAUUCAAUGAUUCCCCAAGUGGCCAACGUCACCGGUGCUCAACCAGUGAUCAUCUACCAAGGCAUCACAGAGGUAAUGAUCAAGAACAUGGCGAAGCACGGUGGCAAUGCCCUCGGUCUCGACAGCUCCAACGGACCAGUCCAUCUGAUGCACAUUGCUUGCUGGUGGAGCGAUGAAUCCGACGACGACACUGUUUACGCCUUUGUCAACGCCUUCUGGGAGAAGGUCAUUGCACAGGCCAAAAUUGUCGGGGUCUACAACGAAUACAUCUAUAUGAACUACGCUAGUAUGUUCCAGGAUCCCAUCGCAGGAUACGGGGAUUCGAACAAGGCCCUUCUGAAGAAGAUUGCCAAGAAGUUUGAUCCCAAGCAGGUGUACCAGACUCUUCAACCUGGAUACUUCAAGCUCAAUGGUGCUCCUGUCACUGGAGCCUUCUGA